AUGGACCAUGGCUUCCACUUGGUAUAUUUCCCUGUCAGAGCUCGUGGCGAGCCUAUCCUGCUUCUGCUCGUAGAUUCGGGCGUCCCUUUCAAUUUAGAGGAGAUUCCAGUGGUUACAUGGGAGCGAUGGAAGAAGGCGCGCCAAAUCACUAGUGACAAGUUUCCGUAUUCUGCGGUCCCUGUUCUGCGCGUCAGACACGAAGUGGUGCAAAAUGGGCAGCAGGAAUUCGUAUUGGCAGAAACUUCCACUAUUUUGACUUAUUUAAAUGAAGCCCUCGCCCCAGCAGGGACAACUCUGGAGAAAGACUUACCACUCGAAGUGAGAGUACGCAUUCAAAUGGUCAAGGAGGCAGCCCUGUUCGCCAUGGUCAGAAUACUUGGGAUGUCUGGAAAUAGUGAGUGGUUAGCUCCUCCACAGAGGACCACCAUCCGGGGCAUCGUAAGCCGAUUCUUGAAGGAUACCGAGAACGCGCUCUCCGAAUUAGAGAGGAAUAUCAGGGUGGUGCCGCUUCAAACCGAUCGACUGACAGGCAUGGCUGCUGCUGUUACCACAACAAUCAGUCUUGUCACGCAAAUUUUUCCAUCGAUCCGGGGAAUGCUUGGGAAUGAUGGUGAGUAUAAGUUGUGCGGGAAGCUAUGGACAGCUGUGCUCGAGCGACCCAGGAUAGCGGGGUACUGGAAGGAGAACAAUAUCGAGGCUAAACCAUGGACGAUCACCAAGUACGGGACGGCCGAGUGGAUUGCAAGGGCAGCGGCGUCCGGCUUUGACCAAAUUGAACGGCACAAGCUGUAG